AGGCUGAGACAGGGAGGAAGUCUACGGCUCUCUCACAUCUGCUGCAGCAGGAGCUGAGUUUCACAGAGGAUCCGGGCUUCCAGCUCAGCUAUGACGACCAGCAGCAUGGACGUGGACUGCGAGAGGUGUCAGUGCCAGCAGGAGGACAACCGCACCGCCAUCCUUUACAACCUCCUCAGCCAGAACCUGAACCACAGCCGGGGCAGCUGCAGCCCGGCCCAGCAGCGCUGCCUGUGCCACCAGCGCCGGACGGUCUGCCUCCGCACACCCCACGUCACCUGCAAGGCUGCCUCCGAUGUGCUGGCGAAAACCGUCAGCUUCAUGAAAAACCUCCCUUCCUUCCACCUGCUGCCGCGAGGGGACCAGCUCCUGCUGCUGGACAGCUGCUGGGUCCCCCUCUUCCUCCUGGGGCUGGCGCAGGAGAUGGUGACGUUUGAGGUGAUGGAGACCCCGGCCCCCAGCAUGCUCAAGAAGAUCCUCCUCGAUGGCCAAAGCAAACGGCAGGAGCCCGAGCGGACGCAGCCCACGCUGGCUGCCGUGCAGCGGCUGCAGUGCUGCCUCAACACCUUCUGGAGCCUGGACCUGAGCCCCAAGGAAUACGCCUACCUGAAGGGAGCCAUUCUCUUUAAUCCCGAUGUCCCAGGGCUGAGAGCCUCCCUGUACAUCGAGAGCCUUCAGCGGGAAGCCCAGCGAGCACUUCAGGAGGUCCUGCGGCCCCUGCAUCCUGAGGACCAGGGCCGCUUUGCCCGCAUUUUGCUGAUUGCCUCCACCUUGAAAUCCAUCCCUCCUGCCCUUAUCACAGACCUCUUCUUCCAGCCCAUCAUCGGCAACGCAGACAUCGUUGGGUUCAUCGUGGAAAUGCUGUACGAAAUCACCAGCAGGCAGCUGGCUCCCACACCACGCAUGGCGCUCUGAGACGCUGCGCUCGGCUGCCGGCCUCGUGGGUGCUUCCCAACACCUCACAGGGAGCAGAGAGAAUCAGGGAGCGGGGAUUUAGUAGGAUGGGUGCUUGGACUCUGCAAAGAACUGGCUGUGCAUGUGCCUGUCACUAGGAUGAGCCUGUAGGACUCAGGGAGGCUUCACAGAGCACACAGGAAAAUAACUUGGAUUUGGCAGAUGUUUAUGGCAGCACCUGCUCCACCUGUGCCAGUCUCAGCUUCAGGGAGCACGUGUGUAUGUGACUUUC